CUUCCCUUCAAUAAAAUCAUGUGACUUUCAAAAUGGUGGACAUGAGAAGUGUGUUGUUUUUCUCGUGUUUUCUAACUACUGCAUUUGCAGCAACGACACCUGUCGUCCUUUGGCAUGGAAUGGGUGACAGUUGCUGUAACCCUCUCAGUAUGGGUUCCAUAAAGGGACUCAUUGAAAAACAAGUCAAAGGUGUUUAUGUGAAGUCCUUGGAGAUUGGCAGUAACAUUGUAGAGGACACAGAAAAUGGAUUCCUGAUGAAUGUUAACAAACAAAUUGAUAAUGUUUGUGACCAGCUUGCUAAGGAUUCCAAACUACAGUCAGGGUACAAUGCCAUUGGCUUUUCGCAGGGUGGACAGUUUCUGAGAGCGAUUGCCCAGAAGUGUCCAAAUCCUCCCAUGCUGAACCUCAUUUCUGUGGGAGGCCAGCAUCAGGGAGUGUAUGGAUUUCCCCGUUGUCCUGGAGAUAAUAGCACCUUGUGUGACAUAGUCAGGAAGCUACUUAAUCUAGGAGCUUACAAUAGCUUUGUUCAAAACAAUCUUGUUCAAGCUGAAUACUGGCAUGACCCCCUCCAGGAAGAUGUGUACAAGUCCAAGAGUGUCUUCCUUGCCGACCUGAACCAGGAAAAUAAAAGAAAUGCUACCCAGAAAAACAAUCUCCUGAAACUGAAAAACUUUGUCUUGGUUAAAUUCCUGCAAGACUCAAUGGUGGACCCUAGGGACAGUGAGUGGUUUGGAUUUUACAAACCUGGACAGUCUAAAGAUUUAUUCACUCUGUUUGAAUCACCACUCUACCAAGAGGACUGGCUUGGACUAAAAACGAUGAACAGUACUGGACGUCUUCACUUCCUGGCGUCUCCUGGUGACCAUCUACAAUUCACUGAGCAGUGGUUCAUUGACAACAUCGUCUCCAAGUAUUUGAAGGGUUAGAGCUGGUGACAACUCUAAAACACCACCAGGAUAUUAACUGGGAAAACAUAUCACCCAGAUAGUCUUUUCAUUUACAUGCAAUUACUCUUUAAUGAUGCAUAAAUUUUUAUUUUGAACUUUAUUAUUUAUUAAACAAAAUUUACUUUUUACGGUAAAACAAUUGUGUUCUUGUGGUUAUAAAUUGUUAAACUUCAAUUUGUAUGUAAAUGAGGUAUGCUGUGAUAAAAUCAUUGUAAUGUGUACACGUUUCUCAUUUGGAUAUUUUUUUUAUUUAAUCAUCAUUAAUGGUAUGUGAUUUUGUUUCAUAUUGCAAUACACCAAUACAGUGCACCCCAUGCUAUAACAUGUAUGGUGGAUAUGCAGUAACAAUUAUAAUUCAUUCUGUAUAGAAUAUGCUAAUACAUGUAGCUGUUUCAGAAUUAUUUUGACUAGAAGUAUCACUUGAACUUACCCAGUAGUGAAAUGAUGUUCUGCAAAACAUAGUCCUCAAACUGUCUUUAAAAUGCACUGAUAGUUAGUGGGUUAAAAAUGACAGUAAGACUUCUCACAAUUUGAUUUUUUGAUAGUUUGAUUUUUAUUAUUGUGUGUCUGAUGUAAAAUUCACAUGUCUGUUGAUUUUGUCCCAUGUGCAUUUCAAAUAAACUAUUUUUGUACACAA